ACUUUCAAUAAUGGUUGGCUUCUCUGUCGUCCUCCUGGGCUUAAGAGUCAUCGUCUCUUGCAUAGGACUUGUGGGUAAUAUAUUUCUCAUCCACGCCAUCAUUCAGAUCAAGUCCUCCCAUUUCAAAACCUUUGAGUUGUUUCUCUUGGCACUGGCUGCAGCCAACUUGGAGGAAAUUAUCAUCGUGAACAUCUAUGAUAUUAUCAUCUACCAGACUUCCUCCCCCCCCAUCAACGCUUGGCCGUGUCGCACACUCAAGUUCCUGACAGUGUUUGGUGAAAUUGCCAGCAUCCUCUUCUCCGUCCUCAUCAGCAUCUUCCGCCAGCAGAAGCUGAGACACGCCGAUAAGAGGGUCAUCCCAAUCUACCUGGACAGCAUCAGGUCAGCCUGGAUGGUGAGCGGGAUUUGUGUGAUGCUCGCCCUGCUGCUGAGUCUCCCAAUUUUUGUCCUAAACGUCCAAGGCCCUGCGGGAAACAUCACAAGAAACAGCAGCAGAUGCCCUCCACAGUUAUUUCAGUGUAGUGGAAAUGAUUGCCCCGCACUCAACCGCAUAUACAAAUACCUGUUCACCACGGUGUGCAACCUGUUGCCUCUGAUCAUCAUCACAGUCAACAGCUGCUUCAUCAUCACAGUGCUGCUGAGCCAGAGGAAGACGCUGACCCCAGAGGUAAGCGUGAGCGGGAAGAGCAAAGGUCCGAGGCACCAGCAUAGCACCACAGCUGUGCUGGCAGCUAUGGCCUUGUUCCAGGUAGACUGGACUCUCUACAUGAUCUUCCAGCUGACUGUCAGCCCCACUGACUUUCCUUUUUGGGCUGAAACUGAGUUAUUUAUCUCAACAUCCUAUACAUCCUUAAGUCCAUAUGUGUACGGGAUAGGGACUAACCUGUUCUCUCUCAAAACAUGUAUGAAAAAGUAA